GAUGAUCAUCAUAGAAAAAAGAAAGAAUCUCUCUUUCUCCUUAAAAAAAUUUCACUUGUCUUCUUGUCAAAUUUUUCCACUCCCAAAAUUCUCGAAUCUCAUUAUUGCUCUCUGCAUAUUGUCCCCAUCACUAGCUUCAAAUCCAGAGUCAGAUUCACCUGGAGAGCUGCAAUGGCGAUCGACGAGGACUUGGAGAGCUGCGGCAGCAGAGCCGCCGCGUUCUCGUCGCAGGCGCAGCCUCGCCACCAGCGGCAGAAGCUCGAGGUCUACAACGGGGUGCUGAGGAGAAUUCAGGAGUUUAAUUAUGAGGAGGCCAGUCUUCCUGGAUUUGAUGAUCAGCUUUGGCUCCAUUUCAAUCGAUUACCUGCUCGAUACGCGUUGGAUGUGAAUGUGGAGAGGGCAGAGGAUGUGCUUACACAUAAGAGAUUGCUGCAACUUGCAGAGGACCCUGCUUACCAACCCGCCUUUGAAGUUCGCACUGUGCAGGUUUAUCCUGUGUACAAUGGGAUUCCUGGUGAUUCGGUCCAUUCAGAUUCUUCAAUGAAAGAAGAUGCACAGAGUUCUUUUAAUUAUAACAGACAAGGGAUUCAUCCACCACCUACCUUUGGUUCGUCUCCUAAUCUCGAGGCACUUUCACUUCUAGCCAAUAGAUCCCAUGUUGAUGAUGGAGACAGUGCAAUGAGCAUAACACCCUAUGUUUCUAGGCCUAUGCAUGAGAUCACUUUUUCAACAGUUGACAAGCCUAAACUUCUUAGUCAGUUAACUUCAUUACUUGCUGAUAUUGGACUGAAUAUUCAAGAAGCUCAUGCCUUUUCCACUGUUGAUGGAUUUUCUCUGGAUGUUUUCGUAGUUGAUGGUUGGCACUUAGAGGAAACUGAAGAACUUAAAAGGGUGUUGGAGAAGGAAAUUUCAAAAUUUAAGGAGUCAAAGCAGUAUCCAGUUGCUGCAAUUAGCGAGGAUAACCAAAUAAAAAUUGAGUCUUCCCACGACGCCCUACAAAUACCAACUGAUGGUAUAGAUGUAUGGGAGAUUGACACAAGGCAGCUGAAAUUUGAGAACAAAGUUGGAUCUGGAUCAUUCGGUGAUCUGUACAGAGGCACAUAUUGUAGUCAGGAAGUUGCCAUCAAAGUUUUAAAACCUGAGCGUGUCAAUGCAGAGAUGCUGAGAGAUUUUUCACAGGAAGUUUAUAUACUGAGGAAAAUUCGGCACAAGAAUGUUGUGCAAUUUAUUGGUGCAUGUACACAACCUCCAAACAUAUGUAUUGUGACCGAGUUUAUGUCCAGGGGAAGUGUAUAUGACUUUCUGCAUAAACAAAAGGGUGUGUUCAAGCUUCCGUCUCUGCUCAAAGUAGCAAUUGAUGUUUCGAAGGGAAUGAAUUAUUUGCACCAAAAUAAUAUAGUCCACAGAGACCUUAAGACUGCCAAUCUUCUGAUGGAUGAACACGAAGUUGUUAAGGUUGCUGAUUUUGGGGUUGCCAGAGUCCAAGCACAAUCUGGAGUGAUGACAGCUGAAACCGGAACAUACCGAUGGAUGGCUCCUGAGGUCAUUGAACACAAACCGUAUGAUCACAAGGCAGAUGUUUUCAGUUUUGGUAUAGUGUUGUGGGAGCUUCUAACAGGAGAACUCCCCUACUCAUCCUUGACCCCAUUACAAGCAGCAGUGGGUGUGGUGCAAAAGGCAUUACGACCUACAAUCCCAAAGAAUACUCACCCAAAGUUUGCAGAAGUGCUUGAGAGAUGCUGGCAGCAAGACCCAACUCAAAGACCUGACUUCUCUGAGAUUGUGGAAAUUCUUCAACAUCUGGCCAAGGAGGUGGGAAAUGAGGGUGAAGACCGACACAAGGAUAAGUCAUUUUUCUCAGCGCUGAGAUGGGGCCAUCACUAAUCAUUGGGGAUGAGAGAACUCUACUUAUGUAUGUCCCAAGCAGUUAAAUGGAUUUUAAAUUGAACUAAGGGUGAAGACAUGCAUUUUCCAUUGUACAGUUUUUCCCAAGCAACUACACAGAUUUUAAUUUGAACUUUCUGUGUGUUCUACGGACUGGGUUUUCUUAGUUUAAUUAGUCCACUGAUUGUGGCAAACUACCGAGCCAUUAUCAAAAGAAUAUUGUAAACAAAUUGAUGCAAGAUCUUAUGGUAUA